UGAGCAGGACCUCCCCGGGCGAGGAAGGGGGACUCUUCGGGCGGCGUGCGAGACGCCGCGGAUGCGGUGCGGGACUGACAGGCAAAGUGCAGGGACUCUUCGGGAAAACAGAAGGGAACCUUGGGGGCAGGAUCCCCCGCAGCCAUAGAAUAGGAUCCCUCGGGCGCGGAGCGGGACUUCUGGGGAGCACUGACCGCCCGGGCAUGAGCAGUACGGGACCCGCGAGAGCGGAGCCAAGGUCCCUGGAGGCAAAGGCGACACCUCUCAGGCACACGGUGGGACCCGCUGGAGGGAAGGCGACACUUCUCACGGACGGUGCGGAACCACUGGGUGCGGAGCAGGUCUCCCCGAGGGCGCUGCGGGACCCCCGGGGGUGGAGGCAGCGCAAAGCCUCCGCGACCGUGCCGGGACGGGACCGCGGCGUGGGGCAGGGGGAUGCCCGGAGGCGGGGUGGGGACUCGCCUGAGCCCGCCCGCCGCUGCCUGCGUUCCCCUCCCACCCCUGGCGGCCCCGCGGAGCCGGGCGGAGCGCGGCCGGGAGCGGCUCCAGGUAUCCACAGUUAGUUAUUGAGGCAAAAUCACUCUGGAGGUAACAUCUCUGAAAGCUCCUGUUUCCAGAAAUGACAUUUCAACACCAACUUCUCAGCGUUGCCAUAGUGGUAGUAGCUAUGCUGUGGCAGAACAGGAAUUGCUUCUCGAACUGACCAAGGUCAUAAGAGGGUUGUGACACUUCAGGUUCAGUGUAAUCUCAUUGGGCAACAGCAGUGGAACUUGUCUGUCCAAAAUGGUUUACGGUGAAUUUUUCCGCAGACCUGGCAAAGAUACAGAACUUAUCAAUUUGAAUGUGGGUGGCUUUAAGCAGUCAGUGGAUCAAAGCACCUUGCUCCGAUUCCCCCAUACUAGACUCGGAAAACUUCUCAAAUGCCAUUCAGAAGAGGCUAUUUUAGAACUGUGUGAUGAUUAUAGUGUUGCAGAUAAAGAAUAUUACUUUGACAGAAAUCCUUCCUUGUUCCGAUAUGUUCUGAAUUUUUACUAUACGGGCAAACUCCACGUUAUGGAAGAACUCUGUGUCUUUUCCUUCUGCCAGGAAAUAGAGUACUGGGGGAUAAAUGAGCUGUUUAUUGAUUCCUGCUGCAGCAAUCGGUACCAAGAAAGGAAAGAAGAAGGUCCUGAUAAAGACUGGGAUCAGAAGAGCAAUGACAGUAUAGACUCCUCUAAUGAAGAGUCGUCCAUAUUUGAUAAAGAGCUAGAAAAGUUUGACAAUCUAUGUUUUGGUGAAAUAAGAAGGAAGAUCUGGGUCAGAAUGGAAAAUCCUGCAUACUGCUUGUCUGCCAAGUUAAUUGCCGUGUCAUCCCUGAGCGUUGUGCUGGCAUCAAUUGUGGCCAUGUGCAUUCACAGCAUGCCAGAAUUUCACAGGGUGGAUGCCCAUGACAGGGAGAUUGAAGACCCUGUGUUGGAAGCUGUGGAGAUUACGUGCAUCAUCUGGUUUACUGGUGAACUAGCGAUCAGGCUCGUCGCCGCUCCAAGUCAAAAGAAGUUCUGGAAGAAACCACUCAAUAUUAUUGAUUUUGUCUCUAUUAUCCCAUUUUAUGCCACACUGGCUGUGGACACAAAGGAAGAAGAAAGCGAAGAUAUUGAAAACAUGGGGAAAGUGGUUCAGAUCCUGCGGUUAAUGAGGAUAUUUCGCAUCCUGAAGCUGGCCAGGCAUUCUGUAGGACUGCGGUCUUUAGGUGCCACUCUGAGACAUAGCUAUCAAGAAGUUGGACUGCUGCUUUUGUUUUUGUCUGUUGGGAUUUCUAUUUUUUCAGUGCUUGUCUACUCAGUGGAGAAAGAUGACGACUCAUCAGAACUGCAGAGCAUCCCUAUUUGCUGGUGGUGGGCAACCAUUAGCAUGACCACUGUUGGUUAUGGGGACACUUACCCAGUCACACUUGCUGGAAAGCUGCUCGGCACCCUAUGCAUUAUCUGUGGGAUACUGGUGGUAGCACUUCCAAUCACCAUCAUUUUCAAUAAGUUUUCUAAGUACUAUCAAAAGCAAAAAGCUAUUGAUACAGACCAAUGCAACAAUGAUCGCAAAGAGAAGUGUAACGACCUACCCUAUUUUAACAUUAGGGAUAUUUAUGCAAAAAAGAUGCACUCUUUCAUUUCUAGCCUUUCCUCAGUAGGAAUUGUAGUCAGCGACCAAGAUUCAACAGAUGCCUCCAGUAUCCAAGAUAUGGAGGAUGUUUAUAACCCGAUAUCUUUAGAGAAUAGUACAGGAAAAUGAGUUGAACCUUGUUCUCUUCCCUUUAUUUCUCUUCUGAUUCUUGGUAAAUGUGGACUUAAAAACUUCUGUGAAUUCAUUAAGAGCAGUCAAUUCUCAGGGUACUUAACUCUCAGCCAUAUUUGGACAUUCUUUGCUCUGAGGAUGCCAUAAAAACUUCAUUGAUUAUAUGAGGCUUUAAAAUAUGCCUCAUGUGGUGGUUUAGUUUUUACACACUGAUGUUAUGCAUUUUUGGGGAGAAAAAGUUGGGAAAACAGUUUUAAAUAUGAGAUCAGUGCUUUUUUGGUUUUGUUAGUAUUGUUGUUUGAUUUUUUGUUUUUUUCCCCCUGCAGCUGUCUGAUAUACAAAAUUGGCUAUUGUAAUUUGCUGCUCUUCAGGUAGAGAUAUAUUACAAACAUGUAAGAACUAUUGCACAAGUUAGUGAAGUUUUUACCUGCAAAUACAUUAGAUGAAAGAAGGAAUUAUGUACACAUAAAUCUGUGCUCACUAACAUAUUUAUGUAAUCGUAGAGUUGGGAACCUGUUUCCUAAGUCGGGGCAGAAAGUAUAUUGGCACAUAAUGUUUUUACUCCAUGGAAGCGUAAUAUUUAUGAAUUUCUUUCCAAAAGCACAAUACAUUUUUAGUUUGUUAAAAUAAAUUAUUCCCAUUGUGCCUAUAAUUUUCCCAGGAUCCAGCAUGGCCAAGCUCUAUCAGGUCCAAAACGGUGUAAAUCAUAAGUCCCAUGAUGAAGUAUCUGGUGUAGGCAGGACAGAAGCUUCUUGCACCGUUUAGCCGCCUUUCUGCCAUUGUGAACCUGAGCAAUUCUGGUGCCUGGAGAGGAUCCUGUGUGAUUAAGACCUCCCCUCUGGCUUCCCCAGAGACCUUGUUUUGUGGGCACUGGAGCAAACACCAGUGGUGGUCUUUAGAAGUUACUGCUCCAUACUGUGACUGCUGCCCCUUGCUGGAGAUUCUGCCUUGCAGGUAGGAACAGUGUGAGCAGCAUCUUCGUUUGUGCUAAAGUUGAUCUGAGUUGGUCUGAGUCUGAGGCUGUAGUGCCAAGCAGUGGAGAUGUGAGGACAUGCUCUUCUCUGCAAUAUAUUGCCCAUCAGAUGGAUGAGAUGUAGGGUGGGCACUGCAUGUGGGCACCCGUGUUUAAACUAUUUCAGCUCCUUUUUCUAAAGCUCAUCUGCUGGUGAUGGCAGCUUUCCAGGUGUGUGUUGUGUGCUGGAGCAGUGCUCAGUGCCUGGCAGAGUGUUGCAGCUCUGUGCAUUCCUCUCAUCUCCAAGGAUUUCUUACGCAGCCAGCUAAUUCUGCUCUGUUUCAAACAGGAUCUUCUAGGGCAAUUUAAAAGGAAAGCUAGUCCUUGAGCCUAGCAUAAAGGAGUGCUGGAGAAGCUCAAGGACCUUAUAGUGUUAAGUGGACCUUAUAUCUGUGGUGUUUCUGAACAUUCAUUUUCUUUCAUUUGUCUAGUGACUUAAUUAAAUACUGGACAAUGGAGAAUCAAAGACACUGUGAUGUUGAUAUUUUCCUUAAAGAGAAGUUUGACUACUUUAUUAUAUUUUAGUAUUAUUGGGUCAAAUACAGAAGCCUGUCCUGAGUUUCUAGUCAGGAAGAUCAAACUCAGUAGGAGUUGACUUCAAAACUAAGAUGCCAGAAAGAUGGCAAUCCGUUUUAGCUACUGCAGAAGGUUGAUUUUUCAUGUGUCUGCCAGAUUUUCUAGUGCAAAAUACAUUAAGUAGCUGAGGUGCACUUAUAUUUGCUGAGGCCCAGAGCUCUAACCUCUUUCUGAGAUGGAGAAACAAAAAAGAACAGGAUCAACCUAUACAUUGGAAAGAAGUGUCCCUCAGGAUUUCUCUGCACCAAUAUAGUGAUGUGGGACUUAAAGGGAAUAUUUUAACCUUUGGAGAAACCUCAAAAUUUGGCUUAUUACUUGCUGAAUGUAGUAAGUGUAUGUGAUGCUUCACAGGUAAUUAAACGUAAUUCUUCCCAUAGUGCAGGAAUACCAAAAGGGAAGGUUAGCCUAAACGUGUUUUGUUCUUACUGAACACUUAAGAUUACAAAGAUACAGUGAUAUAAAAUACUAAAUAUCUAUGCGCAGCUGAAUCUAACAGGAACCAGCAGAAUAACAGCAAAAAAAAUUACUCCCUGUCCAAAGAAAUUCUCCUGGUAGUCUCCAUAUAAAGAUAUAUUACAUUGCCACUGAAGAUCAAAAGAAUUGAAAAAUAUUGCAAUACAAAAAAAACCUACAAGAAAUUUGUAUUAAAUAGUUGAAAAAAUGCUACUGAAAAAUCUCAUUUUAUAUAUCAAGCAUUACUCAAGGAUCACAGAGUAUACAAUUUUGUGUAUUAAAUUUUACUGACUGGUAAUUUGUCAUAAAACUGAUAAGCUCUUGAUCAAACACAUGAAUCAAUCUUAAGGCUGUGACACUGUGUAAGUUCAUCUGAAUUUUUUUAUGCAUAGAUACAGCUUGCAGCAAAGUGAGAUGUGUCUUUUGGAACACAUCAGAAGGUAAAGUACAUAUCCAUGUAUCAUGCAAUGUAUGCUGUUUUGAUUUCUUUGAUGAGAUCUUGGCCUUUUUCAAAUCAGUUAUGUCUUAAAAAAUGGCUUUCAUGUAUUCUGAUCCCUUUGCUGGAAUAAAUCAAGCACAUUGGUUUCACAUAAGUGUAAGUGGGAGCAGGAUGUGAUCUGUGUUUUGUGCCAAAGGAUACUCCUCUCAAGGCAGAACUGCAGCCCUGUGACAUGCUCUGGUACUACAGAGUGUCACAAGCCAUGAGCAGAUGAGAUACUGCAUGUUAUUGCUGCUUGUAAAAGUUCUUAGUAGAAUAAUUGCCUAGUUAGAAAUAACUGUAAGAGGGGAUUGUUUCUUAUUUCAUUUGUCUUCUUCCUUGAUCUACAGUGGCAUAUUAUCAAUUUGUGAUACCAGUGUCAACAGAAGGUACGUUGUGUAUUUUUUUUUGCUGAACCACGUUUUUCCCUUUAAAAAUGCUUCCUAAAUUCACACCACUCAGCUGCUCUGUUUCUGACACUAAAGCACAGAAAAGAUUACUGUUCAGAUGUGCAUCCCAUUCUGUAUGGGAGAGAUUUGUUUGUUCUUAUGCAAAACAAUUUACUGGCAUGUCAUUACUUUCUUUGUCUUGAUGCCAACUCAAAAGGAAACCUUUUGAUAUCCAGUAUUUCCACAGGAGCAUCCAUCUUUUCAGUGGUUUCCCCUGCUGUAUAAUGGCAAGACAGCACUGCACUGCAUUGCAGUUCCCUGUUUGAGAGGCUUCCAGCUGGCGGGGGUAUCGCCCAACUGCCCACAGCUCUUGCCUUGCUGGGAGCAGGCUCUGUCACUUGGGACCACUUUUUGGUGUGUGUUAGUAGAGGAAAAAGCCAAAUGUAAAGGAAUCAGAAAAGACGAAUGGGAGAAGGCAGGAAGCUGUCAAUCAAAAGGGAUGAUGGAAAAUCCUGAGAGGACCUUAGAAGAAAGGAAAAGAGGAAGUUUACAGAAAGAGGCCUCACUUGUCUUCAGUUUAUUUCUUGUUUUUUUCCACCAGUGCUUUUCUCCCCUUUCCUCCCUUCUCCCUUGCAUACCUUGUUGCUGCCACCCUGGCCUCCAUUCCCAUCCAAUAGUCUGUUUCUGUCCCAGAACAAGGGUAUUUCUGAGUCCAGAAAGGCAUGUUUCAUCCACCUGGAUAGCAGCAAGCAGAACUUGGUGGGGAUGAAAUUAGUGAGCACUCUUGCUGUGUAUAUGAGCAAUCAGUAGCACACAGGCAGUGCUUUCUGUAAGAAAAGUCACAGUGUCACUCAGAUUAUUGAACAUAAAUGUGAGGUAAAUAAACAGCACAUUCGAGUCAGGUGUGUAAAUUAAAUAUUACUUUUGUCUUAGGUAGAAAUUAGUGUCAGGCACCAUAAUGCGAAAUAUUACCAUUUAAAAGCAGACUCCUUGUCAAUUCCCAUGUGAAUGGGUUGCUUUUAGGGAGUGCUGGGAGUAUCAGGCAGAUUUGACUGGCAAAUGCAGUACAAGGGCUCACGACGUGCCAAGGGCUCCUGACAGGCUGCUGUGUAUUAAUACAUUUAUUCAUUUCCACACAUUCCUAACAUCUAGAGUAAGUGGCAGAAAACCACUAAGCUGUGGAAAGCUUCUCUAAUAUUUUUUGAUUAGCUGACAGUGUUUGUGAAGCUGCUAAUACCUCUUCAUCCAGAAGAGGACAUUUCUCAAACAAAAUCAGAAUAACCCUCAGCUAGAUGUGCAAUUUGUGACUGAUUGCAGUAGCUCGGUCACAGCUGGUAAAUAAUGCUGUCUAGUGCUCUAUGGCUGCAGUAAUGCUGCUUGUACUUUUGAAAUGUUUGUGCUCUGUCAAUCAAGAGACAGAUUCCAUUAAAACCAUUUCAGCACUUCUUGCUGCACAAGAAUUGUGGUGUCUCUUCUAAGCAUAGCAAAAUGUCACAGCUUACUGAGACCUCUUAACUUAUUGCGUAGUUGUAGUUAGUUUUUCCUGAUGAACUUAUGGUCUAAGCACAAUAUGACAGAAGAAAAACUCUCUAGACAAGUUACAAGAUGCUGUUAUUGACUUCCACUCGGAGCUUUGCCCUUCCACCUCACUGGCAUAACUGAGGUGAUGCAAGGAGUGGUAAUUCACUGUGGUAUGGGCUGAUAGCUGUUACAGGUAGUAAAGGAGUGAAGGCAGAGCUCCUUAGGGAUGGAUAUAAUUUAUAUGUAAUUGUAUAUAUGCCCUCUGGACAGAGCUCAUUUAGGUAUAUAAUCAGAUUAAAUAUAAGACAUGACAGUUCCCCUGAGGAAACACCUACAGCUCAUCUUUUUAAUGAAUAUAUUGGAUGGAGCAGCCUUUGCUCAGGUCAAGGGCUGUGGCUCAAGGGUUCUCUUAUCCACACAUCAGUUUUCUCCAAAUCCCAUUUACCAGUGGGAGGGAGAGACUUCGCAGCAUCCCCAACAGGCCCAUGAGCCUUUAGGCCAAGGAAUUGGGUUCCCAAGAUGAGGGCUGGUGGUGGGAGAGAGCCUUCACUGAGGGAGAAUCAGUAUCAUGUGGUUUCAUGUGGUACCUUAUGAAGGUAAUCUGCCGUCACUGUUUCUUCAAAACUGGUUCAAGGUAGAGUCCAAGAACCCAUUGCAUUACAAUGGCUUAAUCUUUAGUUGCUUUCUACUAUUUAAUGUCAUAUGUUUUGUCUAAGUGACCUAUUUUUUUAUGCCAUUUAUUGCUAUUUCCUCUGUCAGUCCUACUCUAACUAGCGCCUGACUGUGUUAGAAAUUGCUGUAGUCUGAUUUAGUGUAAUUGUCCUAGAAUGUCUUAUGAAUCAUGAAAGACAGAAAGACACCCUGACAGAAUUAAUUUCCCCUAAUCUCUGCAAUUACGUGGCUGAUCAUUUGGUUGGUCUCUGUCAACAGGGAAACUACUGACCUCCUCAGAAGACAGCAUGUCCAUCCUAGCUAUACAAAGAUCCUGUCUGAAGAUGGCUAUACAACAGUUCUGUAUGAUUUAGCUAGGUUAGAUGCCUGGCCUUUAGGUGGCUGAAGUUAGAUACGAUGAGUGCUAGGCAUCAAGAAGUUAGGGGUGUGUUUGUCCUCAGGUGAUGCUAUCCUUUCCUUCUCAACACUGUUCCUGUAGGGAGGACUGUGUUUCUGAGGUAGGUGUCUGUACAUGGGUGACAUGAAGCCAGACACAGGAAUUCGUUCCGAAGCCUGAAGGCUGGUGUGGGAUAGCCACUGGUUAAAAACUAAUACAGAUUAUAGGAUUAGUUUUUAACUAUUGCUAAAACCAGAUUCCUGUACGAGAAAGUUUGGACUUUCCCAAAAAGCCUUGCUAGUUGUCUAUUAGAAUCUGUAAUGACUUGCCAGUGGAAUCUCAAUCUCCUAUAGUAAUUAUAAAAAAGACAUAAUAAAAUAUGAGAGGGAGCAGACUGACAUUGGCAAAGAAGGAGGCUCAAUAUGCUGACAGUACUUUUAUAACCCAAAUGUGCAUUAUUUCUUGGCUUCUUGUAAGCCAUGUAAAAUAUUCUUACUGUGUCAUGUGUUGUAAAAUCUGCCCCUGUGCAUUAAUAUAAAUAGAAUAGUGGAGCCAAGACCUGGAAUUGCAGCUGCAGAGAUGGAAAAAAAUCUGGGCUUUGAGAAACUGCAGAAGUAUUGUUUAGUUGUCAUAGCUGUUUUAAUGUUGCAACUGCCUCAGUGGUGAGAAGGAGCAAGGGACUAUGUACAAGCGAUGAUAUGUGAGCUUCCUUUGCACAUUUAACACUGAGCAUACAGGCUGAGGGACCCCUACAGCCUUGAGGGCUGCUCAGCAGACCCUUCCUGGGGCAAUUAGGUGUGCAGCCAGCAGUCCCUGAAGAGAGAUGUCAUUGUGUGGGAAAGUAAUGAGGUCGGUAUGAAAUGGUCUUUGGGGAGGUAAAAUUGUAUCACUGAAUUUGAUGUUGCCACCCUCCUACACCUCUAAGAGACCUCUAAGAUAAAGCAGAAAUGAGGAAGAAGAUGGAAGGUUCAGAUACUUAGCAGCAGCCAUUUGGAGGCUGCUUUGUGUUGUGUUAAUCCAAGGACUUUUACUGAAUCACAGGUAAAGAUCUGUAUAUAACCUUGAACCCAUUCCAAUUAGGUGGAAUAAUGCAUUGUCUUCCCACAGGCUUUGAGUUACAGGUCCAAUAUGUGCUUUUCUCUAAGCCAGUUUCGAGAUGUGGUGCUGUUGCUGCCUCUCACGCUGACUGGACUUUGGAUCUUUCUGAAGUGUUGCACAUACUAUAAAUCAUCCUUGCAGCUUCUAUCUCAUUUUCUAGAAACCUGGAAACUAUAACUGUGAAAGAGUUCAAAAUAGUUUCUCUAGUUCAAUAUUAUUUUUUGACAGCAUCAAAUGACAUGCAGUUCAUGGAAGAGGAUUUUUCCUGCUCCUGAAUUGUGAACUUUAGGACUUUUUUGGUAUUUUUUAAAUCAGUUAUGUGAAGACCAGCUUAGGUCAUGAGACAGGCAGACAGGUUUGGCAUUUUAUUGCAGAUGGUGUAACUCCAAGUACACAAUUAAGUAGCCCUUUCUUUGGUUUUUGGAAAAUGCAGUUGCAGUCUUGCAUAUUUGGACUGUGGAUCUUUGGGAAAAUAAAUAGUGGUGAAUAAAUAACUCUGGGUGCCAGAAUGCCAGUUGAAUGCUCAUUGAGUGCACAGGAAUUCCUUAUGAACCAGAAUGAUGCUGGUGUCUGACAGGAUGGCUUUAUAAGCCUCCUGAGUGGAAAGCAAAACACUUUUUUCUUUUCUUAUUUCUCCACGUAUUUCAUAGGAGAUGGAGUAACAAUCUUGUUGCUCUAUGGUGAUGGAGAGUGUUGAAUGAAACAAAGGGCACAUUGAAGUUAAGGCCGUUAAAAAUGAACAUGACUUUUUUUGUAAACAUCCCACUUCCCUCGGGACAAUAAUUUUUCAUGUUGUUCCAACUUUCUUUUAAAAGGCAAAAACAUAACGUACCAAAACCACAGCACUGUUUUUCCUUGCUGAGUAUUUUCAAGAUUAAAUUAGCUCCAGCCAUAGAUGUGGAAAAAUAAGUGGCCAGUAGGUAGAAUUUUGGGGUGCUUGAAGUUUUCAUAAUUUAGUUUUAUAUUUUGUGCUUUUGCCCUUGACAUCACACACUCUUGUGUUAGCAUUUUUUUUUGUAUUGACAAAUCAAAAUAAAUAAUAGACAAUAUUAAUUUGCAUAUUUCUUUUAGGCAAUUGAAUGUGAAAGGAAAAGAUAGGGUUCAGCACUUCAGCCUGAAGGGAUGCUUCAGAAUGAACUUAAAACUCAGUAGAAGCAUUCCUAAGCAACAUAUGAAUUCAUGCAUAAGUGUAGUACAAUUAAUGUAUUUCAAGCUACAAAACUAAAGUUCUGGCAGUGUUCAGUGAAUGAAAGGUUAAUAAGAAUUCAAGUAUUAAUCUAGUUCUGUUCUAUUUGCAGGUUCUGAUGCAGUAAUGUACCCUUGGCUUUUACACUGCCUCUCUAAAAGGGAGGCUAGUGCUUCUGGUAUUUCGUAUAUCUAGGCAUAUACUGACUGCUUGGACAGCUGUUAAAGUGUUUUUGUGCAGGCUUUAAGCUGCCUGUCACCAAAGGUAACCUUUGCUAAUCUGCCAUGCUGGGAGAGCUACUGCAUUUCAGGGGUGUGCACUGGAAUGCCAAGUGGUACCACUGGGCAGUGCAGGGUGAGCAGGCUGGUGGGACUGUGGGACUUUGCCAAGGGCACAUGCCACAAUAGUCUUGGGUUUUGUUGACCUGCUUUCCCUGUAUUGUCACCUGAUCAAAACAUCUGUGUGCUGCACUUAAUGUGUUCAUUAAUCCCCAAAAGAUUUAUGGUAUCUUGAAGGGGUUUAGAAAACACAAGUGUUCCUUGGAGGAAAAUCCUGAGAUAAGGGUGAAAAGGUGGCUCAAAGACUUUUUGCCCUGCUUUUCUGCCUUGUCAUAGAAGUAAUGACAGGGCAAGAAUGGGAGUAGCAAUAACCAAAUGCAGUGUUUGGAGGGUCUUUAGGGCUACUGAGAGUCCAUGUGAAGAUAAGCGCUGGGGGAAUCUGGGGAUCAGGGUGGGGAAUGUGCGUGCUGGAUGUGCCACACAGCUGUUGUGUACUCUGUGCUCCAGGUGAUGGGUGGGAAGAUGACAUCUCUGCACCAGUGUUUUUCUCCUGCUUAGGUGUACUGCAUUGACUGCAGUGCUCUGUGCCCUCUCAAUCCAGUGCCAAUUUCCUCAAGUGUUAAAAUGCUUUUUCAGACCUAAAAACAGAGGAGAGAUGUAACAAGAGCAGCUGGAAGCAGGUAAUGGAAUAGGAAAGGGGCUGAUGUCAAGAGCAUGUAGAGAGGACAUGCUGCAAAGAUGCUUUAGGAAAAUGUUCUUGAAGCUUUUUAUCUCUUCAGCUCCAGUAGAGAGUCAUAUAAUGGUUUUGGUUGGAAGGGACUUCAAAGAUCAUCCAGUUGUAACUUCCCUACCAUGAGUAGGGUCAACUUUCACCCUAGCUUGGCCUUGAACACUUCCAGAAGUGGGGCAUCCACAGCUUUGCUAAGCAACCUGUUCCAGUGCCUCACCACUCUCGCAGUAAAGAAUUUCUUCCUUAUAUCCUGUCUAAAUGUGCCCUCAGUCAGUUUAAAGCCGUUCCCCAUUGUCUUAUCACUACAUGCCCUGGUAAAAUGUCCCUGUCUGGCUCUCUUUUACUUCCUCGUUGGGUACUGAGAAGCCACAGUAAGGUCACCCUGCAGUCUUCUCUUCUCCAGGCUGAACAACCCCAUCUCUCUCAGCCUGUCUUCAUGGAAUAGGUGCUCUGGCCCUUGGAUCAUCCUUGUGGACCUCCUCUGGAUUUGCUCCAAGAGGUCCACAUCUUUCCUGUGCUAGGGAUCCCAGACCUUGAUGCAGUACUCCAGGUGGGGGUCUCAUGAGCAUGGAAUAGAGGGGGAAAACCACCUCCCUCAACCUGCUGGCCACAGUGCUUUUGAUGCAGCCCAGGAUGCAAUUGGCUUUUUGGCCUUCAAGUGCACAUUGCUGAGUCAUGUUUAACUUCUCAUCCACCAGCAUAUCCAAGUCCUUGUCCUUGGGGCUGCUGUCAAUCCAGUCUCUGCCCAGCCUGUACUUGUGUUUGGAAGUAAAGCGGCUGUCCUAACACAGCGUUAGCAAAGUGCAGUCUCCCUUCUUGCUGUCAUUUCAGAAUGGAUAAACCACUGUGGAAUGGGAAGGGGACAGUGGCUCACUUUGUGGUCUUUCUUUUCCUUUUGGUUCUCUACUUCAUUGCAUCCAAGAGGGCCUUGGCAACACAAAUUCCCCUUCAAGGCAUACAGCAUGUAUCAGGCUAUAUAAUCCAUCCAAUAUUCCCAGCUAUUCAGCAAACUAAAAGAACGGGUGAUGGGAAUGAAGUCAUUAAGAAAUGCUUUGUAUUGAUGAAAUCCUGUUCUUCUGCAUAUAAUUUCAGUAUCCAGUUUCUUUAAAAUUCAGAUGACUUCCACAUCACAAAUCUAGUUCAUACAAAAAACCCUCGCUUGGAAUAGACCUUACAUAGGCUGAUUGAUGAUUUAUUUUUUGAUGAAGAUGAAAAAGAGAGGAAAAAUGCCUUGCUUUUUGUGUGGUGAGAAAAGGCAGGCAAAAAUAUUUGAAUAGUAAUUCUCAUGGCCAAAUAAUUCCACAGUUAUCAAAGUGAUUAUUGUUGGGUGAAAUAAUCAAAAAAGAAGGUAUACAGACAGUUGAGCAUAAAAAAAUAAAGACAAGUAAGAAAAAUUCCCGACUCUUUUCUCUCUCUGACUCCUUUCUUGGAGAUUGAGAUACCUUUCUCUUGCCAAGUCAGGUGAUGAACCACUUGUUAAUUAAGUGGUUGAAAAAUGUAGUUGAAAAAGGAGUUCAGAAUUUGAGACAGCUCAGCAUGGAGGAAACCAUCUCUGUGAUCAAUUCUGUCAGUUUUUGACACCUUAAUUAAAGUUAUCCUUGGCAGUGUGAAGGCAGCUCAAGUGCGGGGAAAAGUGGACAGCUAAGCAUUUUGUUAUGGUCAUUUGGGAACAAGGGUACGAAAGGGAUCAGCAGCCAGCCCUGGUUUCCACCAGGAAGAGACAACUGUAGGCAUUGUGGUGCAAUGGGCAUGGAGCACCAGGACAGAUCUGGGCUGGCUCAGGCGGAUUGCUUCCAUGGUGGAGUGCAACAGCUCGGGACUAGAAAACAUUGGGAUCUUCCCUGGUGACUGUGGCUGAUGUUUCAUGUGAUCCUGUGCCAGCCAUUCUGUCACCCAGCACUUCUGGUCUCCAUCACAUCAUUUGCCUCUCUUUCUGACAUAUGAGCUAUGUAGAAUUGCAGUUGUCUCUCAAUCCAUACACUGCUUCCCUAGCAGGGGUGGGGUGGUGAAAAGUGGGAUGGUGAUCCUGAAGAAGUCCUUAUGUUACUGGGAAAAUGAUGAUUUAACUGUGGAGAAGCGGAAAAAGUUGAGGUCUUGUUGGAAGAACUGAUUUUAGUUCUGGCCAAGUUGUUUAAAAUGAGCUGUCUUUAAUGAAAUGUCUAAGAAAAAAAGGAAGACAUAUUAGUAUGAGGAGGAAGAAAAAUAAUUGUCCCCUCUGCUCUCCUGUCAUAGUUAUAUAAAAAAUAAUAUAGUUUAUUACAGCAAACAAUAGAUUUUUCUACUUGGUUGCUGAACCAAAUUGUUUUUCAAAAAUCUGUAAUUUAAGACCCCUUGAACUGUUUUUUCUUUGACUGAAUGUUUCAUUUGAUUUGGAGGGGUUAAUUCGUUUGCAUCUAAUUAAAUUUAGGCUGGUUUGACAUUAAAAACAAAGUUUCACAAUGAAAAAGUAUUUUUUUAGAAUAUGUUGAAAUGCAACAUUUCAGCAUCUUUGGAAACAAGAAGCUCUCAGAAAAUUUCACAAUGAAAUAUGCACUGUUCCAAGAUCCCUCCUGCCUUUUUUGUUUUGUUUUUCUUCAGUUUGUUUGUUUUGAGGAAGAUUCCCACCAACUGUGGGCUGGAUUCAAAUAUAAAGUUUGUCUCUCUGUCACAGCCUUUUUCAAUGAAUUUUCUAUUCACAAAAAAAUUGUUUUCAUCCGGUUUUAGCUGUGUUCUUUGCAAAAUGCUUAUUUUCCUUGGAGAAUUCAGAUGGAGGAAAAAAAUAAAAUCUGUGUCACCUCCAUUUUUGCUAUCACAGAUCCACUGCCUUGCCUUGAUGUGUGUGACUACCAGUCAUUUAGGUGAUUGGUAAAGAGAAGUGGAUCAUCUGGUUUGCUCAAGACGGAAAGUGAAAGAUCCUGAUAAAGAAAAUGAGCCCAUUUUAAGAACUUUGAGGGAGAGCUUCAUUAUGAAGCACAAAAAAAAGAAAACAUAUGAAAAGCCUGUUGGACCCCAUCUGUUCAUGAGAUUCCUUUGAUGGGAAUCUAACUCGGAAGGCUGAUCAGAGAGCAGAUCAUUGUUUCUUUUAAGUAGUAGUUACAAAUGGAUAUUUAUGUUCUUCUGCAAUAAUUGGCGAAUAUGUUUUGAGUAGAGUUCUUUCCAGUAAAUAAAUUAGCAUCAACCAGUAACUGCUUAGUGGCUGGUAAGCAGAAGUAUUGCACUUAAUUGGAUAGGUCAGUUCAAGAGAGAGAUUGUUGUAAUAUUAUUAUUUAAUAUUUAUGCUGUUUAGUCUAGAGAAGUCUUGGACAGUUAGAGAAAUGAAUGUAUAUGAAAGGCUUUUGCAAGAAGAGCAUAGGGGUUUUUUUUCCUGGUACUGUUUAGGGCACAAAGCUCAAGCCAAGGAGAGUGAAGAUGAAGGGCUGGUGGUAGAAGUGGCUCAAGAAUUCCUCCUGUUCACUGGCUGCCCCUUGCUCAGCCCCAGCUCCAGCUGCUCACUAUCUCAGUCAUGCUGAUAUGAAUCUGUGUAAAGACAGAGCAGAUUGCUCCAAUGACCCAGGUUUAGAAUAAUAAUAAUAAUAAUAAUAAUAAUAAUAAUAAUAAUAAUAACAAUAAUAAUAAUAAUAAUAAUAAUAAUAAUAAUAAAUUCUCUGCUGAGUGGAUGGAAGGGAGCUGUGAGCCUGAAAAAAUUGAAGAGGCUCUGGAUCCCUGUCUUCUUGAUAGAAACCCAACCCUUUUUUUCCCUGACUCCAUACGUGUGGCAACAGUCCAAAUUACAGAAUCACAGAAUCAAUUAGGUUAGAAAAGACCUCUGAGAUCGUUGAGUCCAACCUAUGACUUGCAUAAUUUGUCAGUUUGUUGAGAUUGGGAAAAUAUGCUCCACUGAGGUUCUAACUCAGUGGCUUCAGUAAGGACUUCACUGGGCAACCUCCCUGUGUCCAGAGGUGUCCCUGCCCUCAGAACUUAGGUUGUGCUGAGGAUAAAACAGCUGGAUAAUUGGACCAAGCCUUGUACAUUUGAAUUUCUGUUGUGACUCUGUCUCAGGCUCAAGGGGAGGAGUUCAUAUACUUAGUGGUAUUGAUCAGUAUUUUCCCAUGGAAAAUGAGGAAGGACUUUCCAGGAGAAAACUGGGAAUACAUGUCAGUAAAAAGUAAAAUAAAGUCUUACUCAGUAAAAGGGUCCUUGGGAGCAUGAUGGAGAUACAGUGAUAGUCUGCCAUAAGUGAAUUCCAUGGCAACUCCCAGUCUUUGAUGUAUUUGCCUAAUUUUUCUUGGUAAAGAUCAUUUUUGGUAUGCGAGCACUAUAUAUAUGUGAUUUGUCUUCCCACCAGCACAAGUUGUAAGGUAACACUAAUAAUUCUAUUUUAUCUCUGAUUUAAAAGUCAAAGUGCAAUUUCCUUCUUUGUGAUCUGUUCUAUUUAUCAUGCACAUAUUUGCAUAUAUUACUGAAAAGGUUUUUCUGGUUUGUUGAGUAUCUUUGUUAUCAUAUAGCUUUUAAUAUUUUAAUUGUAUAAAUAGAGGUGAGCUGGACUACUGAAAUUAAAUCUGGAUCUUUACCUACACAAAGCAUUUCAUGUGCCAGAAGCAACAUAUUUUUAUGACUCUGAAUUAAUCUUUUUUUUUUUUUUCCCCUAGAAGCUUCUUUCCAGAGGAAAUUUCAAAAUUUGACCCUUCCAUUGUGAUUGGGAAUGCAUUUUGGUUUUGUUUCAAUUUCCAUGGCAACAGGAAAAAUUGUUUUCUGACAGUCUCUGAACACAAAACUCUAACUUCCCUGUGCUGUUUUGAAUACAUCAGUUUGCAUUUUUAUCCCUUCAAGUAUUUUGAAUCCCCCUCCUUAACCUCUUGACUCCAUUUAGCUCUGUGAAAACCAGUCUGUUUCUCCGUAGUCAGCACAGACAGGUUUUUCUCCAUACUUUCUUAAUUCUUCAGAUAUAAUUUGAUUCACUAAGCCAGUAUCAGAAAUAUAGCCACAUUUUAUGCUUAGACUAAAAGUUCAGUUCUUUCCUUAGAGGAGCAUUAUUACUUUUUAAAUUACUUCUAAGCACUAAACUUAUUUCAAAUCUGGCUUCGAGGUUGUGGAAUAUAACCUCUAUCUUUUAAAGUCAGGAGCUUACUUGUCUGUUAUGUUUUGCUUACAUUCAUAUAUCUUACACUUUGACAUGCUGAUCAGCCAGUCCAUGAGUGUUCUUGAAGAGUGCCAGCUACAUGAUCAUUAAAUUUGGUACUGUCUCCUGCAAUUUCAAACAUAGUAUACUAAUUAAUUCCUGAAGAGAUACCAGGCUUCUGUGGUUUGCAAAGCUUCAUCAUUCACUGGGUGAAUUAUGAAAUCUCAUUGUAUUUAACACUGACAUCACCUAUGCCACCAAAUUAUCAUAAGUGGUAGAAAGCUUCAAGAUACAUGGUUUAAAUACAAGCAGCCACUUAAGUUGGAGUGUGAAAGAAGAAUGGAAGAAAGAGCCAUGACGGUCUUAAUCUUCUGGGCUUUGCCUACCUGUUAGCUCCCUCCACAGGUAUUUGUGGGAUUAAUCUCUGUAUCCCAGCAGAGAGUGUUUAAUCUGUGAAUCUGCUGGAAAUGCUGUUGUGCCACUCCAAGCCUGGACAGUUUUCUUGCCUUAGUUCCUCUCCAGCUGAGCUAGAAUACAUCCAUGGCUCCUUAACUGGAGGGGAAAAUAUUUCUAAUAAGUCCCAAAACCUCCCCCUGCCCUUUGUCCCUUCUCCAUAAAAGGAAACUAGGGCAGCACUCAUAGAACCUGGCUAUGCAGAUCUACAUCCUUCCUCUAUUUGAUUAAAGGAGAAAAGAGACAACAACCCUGACCUGUGAGUUACUGUCAGCAGGAAUUAAUGGGGCAGUGCAAACCUUUAACUCUGCUUUGCCACCAUAACAGUUGAAGGACUUUAGAAAAAGAAUUGAAAAAACUGAUCUUGUAUCACAGCUUCUGGGGAUAGAGAGCAUUUUUGGAGGACAGUUGGCACCCUCAGUAGGCACUUCCAGCUGCUUCAUAACUCUUUAGAGAAUAUUGUGCUCAUAGAAGGUAACUUUCAUUUCAUUAAAGCAUUAAUAAGAUUUAACUUCUAGCAUAGUCUGUUUGGGCAGUUAUAUGCAGUUUAUUUACAGGCUUUUGCUAUAUUUAUUCAUGCCUUUGGUAUAGUUGCUUCUCAUUAUUAAUAAAUAUUUAUAUUAUACACACUUUGUUGAUACUGAUACAAUCGAGUUUUCCAUUAAUGUUGAGAUCUGAGCUUAAUUAUGCACUCUGCACUCUUGUUUGAAAGUCAUGAUAAAACUGGUCUGCAUUUUUAAUUUUUGCUGUCAGUGAAAUACAGCCAGCUUGUAUUCAUUACCAGCAUAGAUAUUUAUAACUACAUCUGAUUUUUAUUUUCUUAGUUGUUAGAUCUUUUAUUGCUUUUCUUGCAUGGAUUAUCUGAGAAAAGUGCAUAGGCUCUAAACUGUGGUAAGAGUCAAUCCUUAUAUCUUAAUAUGUACCAAGCAAACCUAUCGUUGCUCAGCUGAUUUGAGAGUUGUUUUGCUUUUAGAUAAAUAUUUUUGAGACUGUAUCUAUUUAUGACUUUAGCCUCUUGUGAAUUGUUACUGGAAGUCAUCGGUUGUUGAUUCAGAAGUAUCAGUUAAUCAUGCAGGAAAGGGAACAUGGGUGAAACACAAGGAUUUCUUCCUGUGGGAAAGUGAGCAAUCAUUUUUGUUCUAGAUUAGUUCACUAGAAACUGUGAAACUGUAUUCCAGUCCAUGCAUUUGUAAAUGUUUGAAAUAACAUUUUGAAUUUCUGUGAGUGUAAAGAAACAGUUAUUUUUUCCAGCAUCUAUCCCUACUCAGUCAAAAAAACUUAUCCUGUAAUAAAUAUAGGAAAACCAGUUACAGUAUAAAAUCAAAUGUCAGGAAAAAAAUCUAUUGCUCAAGUAUCUAAUGAUUCUUGAUGAUUCAUUUUCAGCUCUUGAUAUAUUCAUGUAGGAGGUUCUCAAAUAAUUCUUAAACCCCAGAAUUUUCAUUGUGUCCAAAAUGAAUAUGAAUCCUUAUUAAAUACUGUAGGCUUUGGAAUAAUUCAAAAUACUUUGUAUCAAAAUAUCUUUAUUUCUUCUCGACCCUUCCAUAAAAAUACUGUUAGGAGCAGACUAGAAAGCUGAAGCUCUGGUUGCUGCAAAGGACAGAGAGAUGUGCUGCUCUCAGCCAUACGAAUCUGUGGACCUCAAAUGGACUUGGGCGAGGAGAAAGACUGAAUCUACAGCCCAGUCUGAGCCUUCUGACAGGGCACACAUGUAGGAAAGAGGUGAAGGACUCUUCUCCUCCCUGCCUGGUGAAGAGCUGUGUCUUUGUUCUUUGGAGGUCACUGGCAAACAGAGGCAUCUUUGUGGUUCCCAGCCAGUGUGAGGUCAUGGAGAGAGCAGUUUAGGCACUUCUUCCUUUGUAAACUCUUUGGACUAGCAGGUGUAGUCUGGAGCCAAGGAGCACUAUCAGGAAUUAAUUGCCUCCAUGGACAAGAAAAUUAAUUUGCAAUUAUUGUACAAGCUACGGUCUUCUAGACCUUGUCUUGUUAACUGCCAUCUACUUUAGAAAAACAGCUCGAAUUUCACUGUUGGUGCAAAGACCAUCACAGAUUUACAGAUGAAACCAAGGAGUCUAGGCAGUCACAGCUAUGCUCAGUGGGUUUUAAUAAUCCCUGUACCACAGACCUCUCCAGUCCUUCUGUUUCUGAUCUCCAUCCAUGGGAAGUGUUUGUAAAUUUGGGUUUGGAAAGGUCCUGUGUUCUAGGCCAUCAUGUUCUCUCAACACAGAGGAGAGUAUUAAAGCUGUCCCACAGGGCAUAUUGGCCUUUCCAAGGGAAGGGCAUUAUGGCUUACUGUAGUACAAAAACAGAUCUGCUAUAUUUUUAUAUCCCUCUUUUAAUGAAAUUUCUCUCUAAAUCCUUUUUAUUCUUUUUUUUUUCUUUCCUGAGACAGUGUGGGAUAGCAGCGCUCUAUCAGCAUUAGAAAAAUAAAAUUUUUGUUUACUUUGUUACUUUGUGACAACUGGCUUUGACAAAGAUGGUGGAUUGAUUUUAUCUUGUCAGCAAAUUAUUUCCAUUCAUCUGCAGCCCCGGAAACCUGCUUGGAUCUUGGAAAUGCGUCUGGUCCCAGUUUCAAAUUGAAUUGUCUCAUUUUUAUUUGACAUGAGGGAGGAUGGGCACUUAGAUCAUAAUUUCAUUUCUGUGCAUCACAAUCCAAGGAGAAAUCACUCACCCCGUUCCUCCCAGUCCCCUCCCAUCCACAGAACAAACUUUGGUACCUCUCAACUGUAACUGUCUGUCAGUUCUAAGCUUUCUGGAAGGUAUUUAUGGCACAGAAGAACUGUUCAGGUAAACAUGCCUCCUUCUGUGAAUUCCUAUUUGUGUGCAUAAGCUUUCCUUGGGAACACUGAAAAUGGUAUUAAUUCGUUGGGAACACUGAAGACGCAUUUAAUUCCUGAUAUUAUCAGUGAACUCUUUAUGCCCAGUGACUGCCAUUCUUUGUGAGGUCCUUUUUACUGGGUAGAUAAUAGUGGGAGAAUAGGAAGGUAUCUGAUAAGAGUUUGCUAUUGGGAUCUGGCAGCCUUUUCUGUUAGUUAACACUCAUACUUGUGAGCUUCCCAAAGGUUCCCAUUUUUAGGAACCUAAAAAUGGACAAAGUAAGUUGCAAACUAAAAAGUGACUGGAACAUACCUCUAUUUGACAUCUCUCUGAACAUCACAGAUAUUUUUGGUAACAGAAAGUCUGAAGGUACAUGAGUGGGCCGAAUUAGUUAGAAGACAUCAUUGUAGGCUAAUUGAUUGGAAUUAACUUUUGUCCUCAAGAGAGCCCAGGCUGAGCUUCUCUGGAGGUCAGAGUUAGUUGAGACAUAGAAAAAGCAGCUGGCAGCAGACAGCCACUAAACAAAUGAAACCUUGUUCUAGUCAAAGCCUGAACUGUGACAAGGUGGUAGCAGAGGAGGAGUCACUGAUUGUUCUGGAAUCUUCACAUCCUGUCCUGAGCAUUUAUCAGCUGUAGUAGCUGCUUCAUUUAAUUUCAUUUCAAGACAAGGCAUUUGCUUUAAAAUCUGUUUUGGUGAGUGCAAUUCCUGGUAGAGUGACUGAGAGCCUGAGUGCAUUAACUGAUAAACUGGCUUGGGAAGGGCUUUUUAGCAUAAAGAGCAAAUAUGAGAUUCAGCAGUAGCUAAUGGUAGUCCUUCUAACUCCUCAGCCUGACAUACGUCCAGCCUAUGACUAAAGGAGAUAGAACAGAAAGAGUAUGAGUUGAGAAACUCGGGGGGAGGGUUGAUAAUUAUAAUUGAAUUACACCAUAAUACAUUUUUCAUUUGUCUUUGGUAUAGCUGAUAGCAACUGGCAUGUCCAUUGCUUAUCAAUACAAGCAGCAAAAUAUACUGUUACUAAAGGUUUCUGAGGCUCAGUAAAAUGUCUGUUUUAAGUUUCUUACAUAAUAGGAUGCAGUAAAAUUUUAUUUUCUCUGCUUCCUUAUGCCUGCAUUGCAGGACAGACAGAUUGACCUUCUGUAACCUGCCUAGAAAAGGGCAUGGAGACUUGGUAUACAUUAGCUUUAAAUAUUUUACAGAUUAAUGUGAUUUCCACAAGAGAUUUUGGGCAGUGUUUUUGCAUAUUUUCUAUAAAAGAGAAGAGAAUUAUUUUGAGAAAAAAUAUUUCAAAAGACUGGAGUGUUUGCUUUUCAUCUGAGGCAUCCAGACUUUUUAUUAGCAGUAUUAAAAUACUUUUAGAGACACAUACCCCUUCAUGAAAGUGAUUUCCAGCUGAUCUCUCCAAGCAUGGUUAUUAACAGCCUCCUCCAGAGGGUCAGUGUGCAUCAUCAAGAAAAUAAUAGAUGUAAAAUAACUCCUUAAUUACUUUAGAAUUGGCUAAUGUAGCUCAAAUUCAGAAUGAAUCUCUGAUUGGAAGUGGAACCCAAACACUUUCUUAUGUUUUCCUUUGGUUUAUUGGAUAGGAGCAGGAAUUGUAGAGCAAACAGUUAAAAUUUUUGAACACUUUGUUUGAAAAUAAUGUUUUACAGUGAUCUCUUGCCUUCUGUGGCCAUUAGAGAGAUUCUCCUAAGCAGUCUGAUGCAUUAGUGCUCAUAAUUCUAGUUUGUGACUAUGAUUAUUUCUUGGUGCUGAGUGAAGCAAGAGAUCAUAAAAUCAAAAUGCAAAGCUUUUAGCUGUACUCUUGGCUAGCAGGAAAUCAACAUCUUUGCUAACUGGACAGAAACUGGACUAAGUGAUGAAUUCAUCUGACUGAAAAAUUGGAUAGAUUCUCCCAGAAGAUGACAGUGCACCUAUGAGUACUGUUCUGCCAGCUUUUUAAGUUAUGUAAUUUCUAACUGUUUUUUCCAAUAUUGAGUGCAAUAAUAAAACAAGUAGGGACAGAAACUACCGGGUUUGUGUGUGGAUACCGAUGGUUCUUUUGAUCUUGAAAUCUGAAGUGAGUACUAGUAAUUCACAAAGGCCUGUCUUGCAGGGAUGGUGACAGAGUGGAUGCUUUUGAGUAGGUUGACAAGUUACUCAUCAUUUUGAUACACUCAUCAGCCUAACAGAGAUCCCCUUUCCACUGGAGUCCUUCAGAUAAUUCCUAUGCAAUAAACAAUAACUACAUCCAGAGCUUUAAAAUAUGUCUGAGUUCUCAAAGUGUCAUUGUUCUCAGAAGAAUGGAUAUUGUAGAAUAAGAGUAACUAAGAAUUCGAAUAAAUUAUGAGAUUUGAAAGUCUGGCCAUGUUGUAACUUUGCUCCACUGUUUCUCAUUGAAGAAUUUCUUCAUUCAGAUAGGGAUCAAAACCAUAUGUUCAAAAAUACCAAAUAAGACUACUUCUGUAGUAGUUGUAGUCUAAGAGCAAUCAGUAAUUGCUGUAAAUUUAGGAAAAUUUCAAAUUCAGUUUCCAAAGCAGGAGUCUAAGCGUGGAUUUUAAAACAUGUAAUCAAACCAGAACUACUUAACCUUUCAAAAAUUGAUCCACUCCUUAUAAUUUUGGUUUUUUUUCAGAAUUAGAAGUAGGGAAUGCUAGUAUCUCUUUAAAAAUAAUCUUAAUCUAUAGCUGUAAUUUACAAGUAAAAUCCAGUAUUUGUUCUAGAGCAAUCAUCUUAUGAACUGUUUGAUAUGUAUAUUUACAUGCAUAAGCAAGUUCUUUUUUUUGUGAUUUUUUUUUUUGGUACCUGAAUGAAGAGACGUUUGUAAAGAGUGGAGAGGGAAAAGAGGAGGCUUUAGACACAUAGCAAUGCUUACAUGUAAAUUUUGAAACUAAACCUUUCCAUCUCCAUGUUCUGUCUUUCCCAGAAUUACUACUAGUAAGCCAAAGCACAUUUAAAUAUUUAUUCUCUGUAGCUUAGUCUGAAAAAGAAAAAAAGUUCUGUUCUGGGUCAUUUGUAACUAUUUACUUAGUUUUCCAAACAGCAAAAAUACACUAGCAGUAAAAAGAAAAAAAAAACCUGCAGCUGUUUCUUAAACAUUAAGAAGUGAUGAAAAACCAAUUAUGUGCUCUUAUUCUGCAGUCAUAUAUAAUUGCAUAUUCUUGUUCUACUGCUUAGACACUGUGGAUGCUAAUUUUACUAAAUUAAUAUAUGCUGCAUCAUUUCCUUUGCACAAAGCACAAAACCAAGCAAGAAAUUAAAAUUUGGUUGCUUUUUUUGUUUGUUUUCUUUCUGUUUUCAGUUUCCUUCUCCUCCAGUAAGUCAUGGGAGCUGCAAGAUACAUUGGGUUCUUAAUUUUUUAGAUGUCAACCCUCCAUUUUAAAAGUGUGUUUGUCUUCCUCACAGAGCAAGCAUCUUUAGUUUCUUUUAGGACCCAUCUGUGAUUGACUCUGUCAUGACCAUAAACUCAGGCAAAAUCUUCCUAGCACCUGAAGAGGCACAGCAGCACCUUCCCAUUCAAAUGGCCAGCACACCUCUCUAGCCCAUCUCUGAUGGCCAAACCCACAGUUCAUAUGUUGUAUGAAGGGGGCAGCAGUGAUGGAUAUGAUCUGUUCACCCACUCACUAGUAGAGCCUGUUGCCAAUACCCACUUCUCCACCUAAUAAUCCCCCUUUCACUACUGGCAAGCAUCUUUCUCCUUUGUCAGGAGAAGGCUCACACUAAACCACAAUCUCCCUCCUCCUUUUUAACAUCACUUUCCUGGUGCUUGCACGACUCGCAGUGCUUGUGUGACUGACAGAGCUUUUGGGUUCUGUGCAGCUGCUCAAACUGCUGGCUUUGUGUAAUCUGGAUAUUCUGUGACAUGUAAAUGAUGCUGCUUGCUAUUUCCUUGUUCCUACUGUUUAAAAUCUCAAUAAAAGUGAAAAAUACCACUAUACAAACUGCAAAUAUCUCAGCUGGCUAUUCCACAAUAAGGCAAGCUACCUCAGCACCAAUAAAAUAUUGACAUUACUUUCUUUGUGUAUUUUUUCCCGGUGUUCUUUAGUGAAUUCUCCAUCUUUAAUGUCACCACUUGAGAUAAAACCAACCUUGUUAUUUGGUCUAGAACAGUGUUGUUCUGGGCCAAAUUCUGGAACUUUUAUGGAAGCAAAUGGUAUUUACAUAAGGGACAAUAAAGACAGUACUAAAAAUGAAGGAUCGCAACACGGGAGAUUCCGUAGGGUCAGUGGCUCGCAGAGAAUUUUUCUUUGUUUUGUGAACUGCAUGUGACUUAUGAAUAAAGUUGCCAUACUUUCUGUAAUUAAACCAUUAAAGCUGUCUUCUAUAACAG